AUGUCCAGUCUAAAUGGCUCCACAUCUAACCUCACUCAGAAUCAGAAUCCACUUGUGGCGGAUCGAGAUGUGAGAACAGUUUUGUCUGUGACCCCAUGUGUCGUUUUCCUCUAUGUCAACGGUGUGAUGCUAUUCACCUUGAAGAAAAAGGCUGUUUUCCAGGAUUCAUCUCGCUACAUUCUGUUCGGUCACAUGCUUUGGCUUGACACAUUUAAUCUGCUCAUGAGUGUAGUGCUGUUUGUUAUUGCUGUUAGUAGGAUUUCUUUAUUGAAAGUUGUCUGUGUUAUUCUUUUGGUUGCUGCUACAGUUAUCUAUCAGGUUUCAAUUUUAAAUCUGGCUUUAAUGUCACUGGAGAGGUAUGUGGCCAUCUGCUUUCCUCUCAGGCAUGCAGAUAUCACCACGUUCAGAAGAACUCACAUGGCCAUUGGUGUUGUCUGGAUGAUAAGUUGGAUUAAGCCCAUGUCUGAGCUGACUAUUUUCUAUGCCUUUGAUUCAACAAACACACAAGUUAAUUUGCUCUGUUCGAAAACAACUUUUUUCAGGCUGCCAAUAUAUAAGAAACUUGAUGUAGCCUUUGCUUGUAUAUAUUUUGUGUCUGUGUGUUUUAUUGUAAUAUUUACUUAUGCAUCUAUAGCAAUUGUGGCUAAAUCAGCCUCCGGUGAUAAGAUUUCAGCCAAAAAAGCUAAUAAGACUGUCCUGUUGCAUUUAAUACAGUUGGGUCUGGGUGCUGCGUCUAUUUUAGUCGGAGUCAUCCAAGAGGCCGCAUUCAUUUAUACUGACUAUUUUACUGCAAUGUCGAUAAUGUAUAUUUGUUUUGUAGUAUUUCAGAUUUCCCCCAGAUGUCUUAGUCCUCUUAUAUAUGGCCUGAGAGAUCAAGCCUUUAGCUGUUUAUUUAAAUACUACUUCACAUUUGGUCUGAAAAGGCAAAACAGUUGUCAUACAGAGACACAUUUAGUAGCAGGACACUGA